UGAUUUUUCCGGCGUGCGAGAGUCUGCUUAGUGUGCCGCCACGCUCGGUCGCAGACGGUUGGCCUUUUCUUCUCUCGAAGUUUUCUUUAUCGCGGGGAACGUGCGCCACACAACCCCAACACCAGCCGAACACAUAUCUCUUGCGGCUAUUUUGUUUAUACAAAAAUUACUUAAAAGAAUAAUAAUUGAAUGGCAACUGGGGACGCGACGGGCUCUCAGUUGGAAACGAAUUGAAAUUAAUUUUGGAUCCAUCGCGAUCGCGCAUAACACCACAUAUUGCGCCAGCAGUAAUCGCAGUGCAUAUUCCCGAUUGCGAAAUAGUUUGUUUAUAUUGAGCGAUUCUGUAUUUGCUGUUCAACCUGUUGUACGCCAAAGUUUGAAAGUGAAUGCCUAUAGAUUCGGUUUUAAUUGUGGAAGCGAUACAAAGAGUCGUAAAGGAAUAUGCGCAACGGGAGGAAAAUAUUUUGAAAUGAUAUCACAAAUGUGAAAUCUUUCGAUUUGUGGAAGAGUUGAAAACCCGGCGCCUGGGCUAGAAAACCAUCAUUCAAUUUUGGCCAUUAGUUUCGGUUUUAUUGGCCAUUAUGAAGCAGUUGUUCAAUAUAAUACACUGUGAUCAUUUGAAUGGGCAUGUACGCUCUAUUUAUGAUAAUUUAAAUACAGAUGUUUGUGGCAUUGACCGUGUGAGGCGUGUUUUUACGUGUCUGAGCAUUUUUCUGCUACUUUUCUGCUGGAUAUUUGUUUGGAAAAGAUACAAAAAAUGUCAUAAAACAUUACUAAUAUUCCACAAUGGACGUGCGGCGAUUUCCCUGGUCCUUUUGGCAGUAAAUAGUCUGGAAUUGGCCAGGAACUUUCUUCCUCAGCAAAAUGUGCGCCAUCUAAACACCCUUUUCCAUUCGAGUCCCAGGGAUCUGAACUAUUUGGUUGUAAUUGGGUCGGGUGAGGUAUGGAAUGCAAUAUUUUCCAUAUUUCUGACUCUCGUGCUAAUGAUCUAUCAUCGCAUUGUGGAGCGAAAGAAGUCGACAGUGUUUUUGUAUGCCAGUACUGCCGUGGAGGGUUUGACAUUUGCCCUGCUUUUCAAUGAACUCUUUGAGUUGGGGCGUUACGAGGACUUUCUGGAGCUCCAGACGUGCCUUGUGGGUAUGGCUGCCCUGUGCAUGGUAUCCCUGGCCAUGAUGGAUGGCGUUACUAUAUACAAGGAAUGUUAUCACGAUGACUACUUGGAUGACUAUGGCAAAAUAGGCUACAAGCACUCACUUGCCACAUUUUACUCGAAAUCCUGUUUUUGGUGGCUAACACCACUGCUGUGGUUGGGCUACAAGGAACCACUGGAACUGGAGGAUUUGGGUCAAAUGAAACUGGAGGACAGCGCCAGGUCCCAUUACGACCACUUUCUGUAUAUCUACACUGAGAAGAAGAAAAAGUCAAAUUCGUCGCCAUCCCUAUGGUAUUGCUACAUAAAGAAUAGUUGGCAAAUGUUUGCCUUGGGCGGCAUUUUGAAGCUAGCCGGUGAUUUAUUUGCCCUGAUUGGACCGCUGGCCAUACAGAAAAUCGUAGAAUAUAUAGAGAAACUUUAUGCCCAGGCUGCCAAGGAGGAGGAGCCGGCGGAGGAGUCCUCUUUGCUGUCCACCUCCAGGAUCCUGGGCACCGAAUUCGACGAGGUCUUCGGCACCAACAUCGAUAGAGUGCGAAUCUACGGCAGCACCUGGUCGGAUCUCCUGGCUAAUGGUUGGUGCAUCGCCUGGAUUGUCCUGCUGGCCGCCAUCACACAAGGCGCUCUGUCCCAGGCCUCGACGCACAUCCUCAACAUGACUGGCAUCAGGAUUAAGACCUCCCUGCAGGGUCUAAUUUAUAGAAAAAGUUUGCUCCUGAAUGCGGGCGGUGGGUGUUCUGAAGAAGAAGCUCAAACGACUUCUCUUCCUGCGGAUGAGAAACCAAAAAACGAUGAUUCCAAGCCAACAGCAGACAACUCAAGCGACUCGAAAAUCACCAAUGACAUUGGCAGUAUUACCAACCAUAUGACGGAGGACACCCUAAACAUUAUGCAGUUCUUCCUGAUCAUCCACUAUGCCUGGGCCAUUCCAUUUAAGAUAUCUGUGGUUAUAUAUUUAUUAUAUGUGAAUUUGGGAUUAAGUGCAGUCAUUGGAUCCAUUGUUUGCAUAGUGAUAAUGACGCCCCUGCAGUUUUUAAUUGGAAACGCAAUGUCGAAAAACGGGGAGGUUAUUGCUAAAUACACGGAUGAGCGAUUGAAGAAAAUACACGAUACACUGGUUGGCAUCAAAGUCAUAAAACUGAAUGCAUGGGAUGAGGUAUUUCUCAAAAAGAUUCAACUGGCGCGAAAUAAGGAGCUCAAGUAUCUCAACAAGGAUGCCACAUUUUGGACCCUAAUGGCUGUUCUUACCCAUGUGGCCACCGUUCUGAUCACAUUCGUCACCCUGGGCGUCUAUGUGUGGUUACAUCGGGAUCAGGACUUUGACUUGAAUGCCAGUCGUCUGUUCUCCUCCCUGGCGCUUUUCCAACAACUCACCGUACCCCUGCUGAUUUUUCCCAUCACAGUGCCCAUUAUUAUAGCAGCCAGGGUGUCAACUAGACGCCUAGAGCGAUUCCUCAAGUCCAGCGAGAUCCAGAAGCAGUUCGAGGGCAUUCGUAAUAUGGCUAGAAUUCUGAGCAAAAGCGAUGCCUCCUUGGAUAUGUAUGAAACACAGGAGAAAUCGAAUAUGACAAUGCGGACAGCUCAAGCGGAAAAUCGGCUUAAUGAAAAGCGGCUGGCGCAAAAGACUGAAAUGCCAACUAAUUCCACACCUCUAUUGCAAAAUACCGAUGAAUCUGCGGGGGAUAUAUCGCCAUCCACCAUUCAGGAACUGGGUCACAACAAGAUAGUGCAACAGCGAAGGGAAUUGCUGCGGAAUACUCCUUAUGUGGCCAUAAGGCCUCCCAAAAUGCGGGGAACCAUCGCCGAGAGACCUGUGGAAUUCUCGGUGAUUCGUGCUAGGAAUACGGAUAGCUGGCGACGGGAUUCCCUGCUGCUCAAAAUGCCCGAUGACAUUGCCGUCUCGAUAAACGAUGGACUCUUCACGUGGCAGCCACAAAGUCAGAUGCCGGUGGUGCAGCUGCAUGUACCCGGCAUCAUCGUUCCCAAGGGAAAACUUACCAUAGUUGUGGGCAAAAAUGGCAGUGGCAAGACAUCCCUGCUAUCCGCCCUGCUCAUGGAGAUGCCCCUCCUCGUGGGCAACAUGUUCUGGCACAAAACCUGCACAAUUUCCUACGUUUCGCAACAGCCUUGGCUUCUGAAUGAUACCAUUCGUGAGAAUAUACUUUUCGGGGAGUCCUUUCGACCAAAACGAUAUGAUUUUGUAUUGGAGGCCUGUGCCCUCAAGCCCGAUAUUGAGUUAAUGCCGAGAGGCGACUUUACCACUAUUGGAGAGCGCGGAAUAAAUAUUUCCGGAGGACAGAGGCAGCGAAUUGCGAUAGCUCGAGCUAUAUACUCAUCAGCUAAUGUGGUUAUAAUGGAUGACCCCCUGGCUUCACUUGAUAACGAGGUGGGCGAGCAUAUAUUUCAGCACUGCAUUCGCCAGAUGUUAGAAAAAUCAAAUCGAACUUUUAUUCUGGUGACACAGCAAUUGCAUCGCAUAAGGGAAGCAGAAUACUUAAUUGCUAUAAAAGAUGGUCGUGUUGAAGCCUGUGGCAGCUAUGCGGAAAUUGAGUUGAUGCAUCCGAGAAUUACCGCCAAAUGGAACUCGAUUAUUGCAAUGGCCAAGGCAAAAAAGGAUAAUAUUUCACAAAAUCCAGGCGAUAAAACGGCUGGAGAACGCUGGAAAUUAUUGAAAAACGUAAGCAAGUUGGGAUUACAGCGCUCGAUCUCGGUGACAAUGGACUCAAGUGGAGGAUGCCAGGCAGAUGCAACUGAUGGCAGUGGCUGUGUAUCUGUGGCUAAUAUGCAGUCAAAUGUGGUUGAAGAGGAUGAGGAGGAAGAGGAAGUGUGUGCGUCAUACUCCAUCGGCAAUGGAUCUUGUGGCGGCUAUAGCCUGCAACGGAAGCGCUCCAGUAUUUACGGAUCCCGGCAUCUGAUGUACGAUGUUCCCCUGCCCAUCGACGAGUGUCAGGGAGAUGAUGUCAUCAUGCGACCUCGUCGUCGGCAUACUCUAAGUCGUCGUGGAAGCAGGACCACCAAUUCCUGGCAUAGAUUGAGUGGUCUGAGCACCUUGACCGCCACUUCUGCUUCGAGUUCCACCAGCGGAGACCCCCUGAGCCGCUGUGCCUUGGCCACCAGUGGCAGUAGCUAUGCGGAAAGUAGUGUGGAUGGUUGUGAUUUGGGCUCGGCACCACCAGAGCCUCGAGUUCAAUCCUGGCAACCGCCACAGAAUGUGGCCCAUCAACCUCUGUCUCGGAAUGCCUCCUCACCACCAGCCAUGGAGGUGACUUGUCCAGAAGCUACGGAGUCUGAGGAGGCCCUGAAGUCUUAUAUUAGCUCGGAAGGUCCCUCGGACGACCAGGUUCGAGGUAGUUUCCAGCAGUUUCUUCGGAGAAUGUCCAUGCGGCGUUCGAAUAAGCCCAAGAAUCAUCAUCUUCCACUCAGUGCCACCAACUCCAUUCUGAGCAUUUCGGAGGAGUCUCCCCCAAUUGUUCAUUUUCCCGCCACGCUUUUAACAACAGAGGCUACGCAAAAAGCUAAAUUAAUACAGGAUGAAUCACUUUCAGAGGAAAAGCCCAAAAAAAGCGUAAACAUUGACUCAAACGAAACCACAAUAAAUUGCGCUGACAAUGGCGAAUCAGCAGCCGACAAAGAAUCGGGGCCAAACGUGACAUCCUCGGACGCCCAGGAGCCCGGCGAAGGACACGUGCUGCUCUCGGCAGGUGGAUCCGUUCGAACUGCCAUUGAUACGGAACGCAAAUAUGGAAAAAUAUCGGACGACAUAUAUCUAAUGUACAUACGGGCCGCCGGCCUGCCCAUAAUCACCGUCUUUUUUAUCACCGCACUAAUUUGGCAGUGUUUGCGUGUCUACACGGACGUUUGGCUGCAGCAGUGGAGCGAUGUCCAUGUCCAGGAUGUCCAUGGGAUGUCCAAGGGCCAGGACGAAGCACCACAGGAUCGGACGGAGGUGGAGGACCACGAAGUCACGUACUAUUUUCGCAUGUACGCCGCAAUUUCGUGUGUUUGUAUAAUAAUGGCCCUGGUAUCAACACCGGCCGGACAAUUUGCCGGCUGUAAUGCUCGUCGUAAUUUGCACGAUAAGCUGCUGCAAACGAUUUUGCAUAAAACGUUGCAUUUUUUCCAAGUGACCCCGCUCGGAUGUAUUGUGAAUCGUUUCAGCAACGAUAUGGCCGUCAUUGAUAAGAAAAUUGCCGCCACUGGCCAACGCCUGCUGCAAUUCACUUUGCUGUGCCUGUCGGCCAUUCUGAUAAAUUUCACCAUCACCCCCUGGAUCUUGGUGCUUACCCUACCCAUCUGUGGGGCCUACUAUAUCAUACAAAAGUUCUACAGGUGUUCGGCCAGAGAACUACAGCGUAUUGAAAACACAACCAACUCACCCGUCAUAUCUCAUCUGUCGGAGACCAUUCAAGGAGUGACUACGAUUAGAGCCUUUAAUCAGCAGACUAGAUUCACAGAGAUCCUAUUCAAACGCCUCGAGGCCAAUACCAUUGCCUAUGCGCUAUUGAGCACCAGUCAUCGAUGGCUGGGGGUGUCUUUGGACUAUUUGGGUGGAUGCAUUGUUUUUGUGGCCACUGUGACGGCCCUGGCGACGGCGAGCGUCAGUUGCAGGAACCACACGACGAGGCACCUCGACAACGGGGCAUCCGAAACUUAUGCUGUCAAUAAAGGCCCCUCGCCCUCGCCAUCCCCAUCCCCAUCGCUGGUGGGUCUGGCCAUAAACUACACGUUGUUGGUGCCGAUUUACCUUAAUUGGGUUGUAAAACUUUUGGCUGAUAUGGAGAUGUAUGCGGGCUCCGUGGAACGCAUCGCCCACUAUGCCCAGGGAGAGGAUCCGGACUUGGGCAUGGAGCAGGACUACCCAUCCGAUGAAGAAGAUGUGAGCGUCGAAGUCGAUAGGUCGUCCCAGAGUCAGACGACCCAGUCGAAUGCUGGUGACAAAGUUUACCCAGGCGCAACGACAGCUGCCGGUGAUGUUGAUGAAGAUGGAGGUGGAGAUGGUGCAGGAGAUGGCGGAGGAGCUGGUGGAGGAGCUGGUGGAGCCGGCGAAGGACAUGAAAAUGGGGCUGCUGCUGGGGCAAACGCUGAUAAAUUAAAUGCAGGCAAUGCAACCGGCGACGGCAAUCACUUAAACUUCCACUUCCUCACGGCGACAGCUGGCGACAAGGUGGAGCAGGCGACGACAAAGACGUCGGUGAUUAAAGAUAAGCAACUGCCACCGCAGGACGAGAAGGUCGUCCUGCCAAAUGAGCCGGCCAGGAAGCUCGAGCGCUAUCAGAGUGUACCCAUUUCAUGGCCUCAAAGAGGUGAUAUCCAUUUCGAUAAUGUCAGCCUGCGAUACGAAGGUCAGAAGCAAAACGUUAUCAGCAAUCUAACAUUGAAAAUUCCUGCCGGACAACGAAUUGGCAUCUGUGGUCGCACGGGCAGUGGCAAAUCAUCCCUGGGGCUGUCCCUCUUCGGGGUCCUACAAACGACCCGGGGCCACAUUUACAUCGACGAUGUGGACAUCAAACGAAUCCGACCAGACGAGCUGCGAACCAGAUUGUCGAUAAUUCCGCAGGAUGUGCAUUUGUUCAAUGCAACCAUACGUGAAAAUCUUGAUCCACACGGUUACUUCCAGGACCUGCAAUUGUGGAAUUGUCUCGAGUUGGCGCAGCUGAAGGAGUUCGUCAAUGAGCACCUUCCUCUCGGCUUGGAAACGGUGAUUUGUGACGGAGGGGUCAACCUGAGUGCUGGCCAUCGUCAGCUCUUGUGCCUGGCACGUGCCAUACUGCGGGGAUCCGUUUGCCUGGUCCUGGACGAGGCCACCAGUGUCCUGGACAGCAGCACGGAGAAUGCCCUCCUCAAGGCGGCGGAUCUGGCCUUCCAGGGCCGCACCAUCAUUACCAUUGCCCACCGUCUGACCACUAUUCUGGAUUAUGACCGCUUAAUUGUGCUGGACCAAGGACGAAUCGUAGAGGAUGGCAAUCCCAGGGAGCUCCAACAGCUGCCGGGUUCUGUUUUUCGUAGUUUACUCGAAAAGGGGGCCAGCAAAUGGUAGAAUUUCCUUACUAGCUAUUUAACGAUAACUGUGUCAUAGAGUGAUUCCUAAGUGUAUGUGUUCCGUAAAGCGUCUACUUUUAUAUCCUAACAUAUCCAUUAAGUUUCUCGAAAUCCAACGACUUUUGUAUGAUAUUUAUAAGUCUUCAAUGUAUUUCGCAUGUAUUUCCAAGUAUUUUUUACUAGUCAUGUUUAGUUUCUAACAAGAGGGCUACGUACUUUUGAGAAUAAUAAAAAUCCGACCUAAUGCUAAAAAGUUUUCCCCUUUUUGUAU